CGUCACUUCAAACGCCGACGGUAGCCCCACUAGCUGUUUUCCUUCAGAGUUCGAGGAAUUGCUUUGCUGGUGAGACGCUGAUUUACUUUUUAUUCUAUUGUUCAAUUGAGUUGUCUUUUGGGCGUACGAGUGCUGUAAGGCUGGAGCGGAUCCAGACGCAUCUUCAGAACCGUUCCGAAGGGACAUCAGACCAAAGCAACAAGAUGCCUUCAGUGCAGGAACUCUUCUCGCUCGAGGGCCAAACAGCCCUCGUGACAGGCGGCACACGAGGCAUCGGACAGUCAAUGGCGCUCGCCCUCGCAGAAGCAGGAGCAGACAUCCUCCUCGUCCAGCGCGACACCUCAAACCAGCAAACCCUCCAAGAAAUCUCCAAGCUCGGUCGCCACGCGCAAAUCUACGUCUGCGACCUCUCCACCCCCUCCUCCGUCUCCGCCCUGAUCCCCACAAUCCUAAAAGACGGGCAUAAAAUCCGCAUCCUGCUCAACUGCGGCGGCAUCCAAAAGCGACAUCCCGCCCACCAGUUCCCGGACGCAGACUGGUCCGCCGUCCUGCAAGUAAACCUCACCAGCGUCUUCACCCUCUGCCGCGACGUCGGCGCGCACAUGCUCAGCCAGCCCGCCGCAACACUCCCCGGCGCACGUCGCGGCGCCAUCAUAAACGUCGCCUCGCUGCUCAGCUUCCAGGGCGGCUUCACGGUGCCGGCGUACGCGGCGGCCAAGGGCGGCGUCGCGCAGCUGACCAAGGCGCUGAGCAACGAGUGGGCGAGCAAGGGGAUCAACGUGAAUGCGAUUGCGCCGGGGUACAUCGCGACGGAGAUGAACACGGCGCUGAUGGCGGACGAGGCGCGCGCGAAGAGCAUUCUGGAGCGGAUUCCGGCGGGGCGGUGGGGCGAGCCGGCGGAUUUUAAGGGCGUCGUGGUGUGGUUGGCGAGUGCGGCGAGUGCGUAUGUGAGUGGGGAGGUGGUUACGGUGGAUGGGGGGUGGAUGGGGAGGUAGCUUGUCUGGGUUGGCAGUCUAGGUUUAGCGAGGUUAGAGCUGUGUUGCUGU